AUGAUGAAGGAGUGGUUCAAGGAUUACCGCAGUAAGUUACACCGGCAAUGCAAGAGGUGCGUGAGCCACGAGGAGGCCAUACAGUCCGCACCGCUGCACGUGACCGAUGAGGACUGGCGGAUACUCUGUAAUAGGUUUUCAUCUGAUUCUUUUCAGCGAGAUUCCGUCACUGGCCAGGAGCUCGGACCAGUAGACUUCUACAAAGGGAUUCACUGUCAACAGGCGACGGGAUCUUGGGUACAUCCUAGAGCCAGCGAGAUUUGGGAGGAGAUGGACACCUUACGCAAUCAGCCCACUCCCGAUGGUACUCAGUGGAGUGAGCCAGAGAUCUUGAGUCAGGUGCUUGGCACCUGUUCUGGAUAUGUACAUGGGUUUGGCCAUGGUGCCAAGCUCAUGUCACCCGCUAGAGCUACCUCCAGCCGAUCCAUCAUCGUUGGCGAUAGCGCCGUACGCCAAGCUGAUACCACAGAGAGAGAGGUUCAACCGCUAUGGGUUAUCGUUGAUGACAUCAAAUAUCGGCUAGAUAGGUAG